AUGCAUUCCUUCUGGGCCAAACUCGGUUUCAACUCGUGCGCUGGCUAUGGCCACCUGGAAGACGACCCUGCUGAGAAGAAGCACCACCGCAAGAGCACCAACGAGGGUGAAGAAGGUCUCCUCCACAGCAGUGAGGACGAGUGGAGUGACGAUGACUACGACUCCGACAGCGCAGGAGCAGCUGAAUCGCAAAUACUGCUGCCAAGCUACAAGAAGAAGGUAAUGCAUCCACGAGUCUGCACCAUGGCCCAGGCAGAGACCUACCUCAUCGACAGCCUUGACCUCCUUUGGCAAGUGACGGAGGAACAGACGACGUGGAGGAAGCAGAUGGUGAGCUACAACUGCCUCCACAGGGGCACAGACCUGGACAGGCCCAGGGCAAUCACUGGCGGCAAGCAAUGGCUGGUGGCGAUCGAUGGCUCUGAGGCCGCGCAUCGCGGCUGGGAGCGGGCGUUGGAGCUGGUCGACCCAAGCCAAGACCACAUCAUGGUGGUCGUCAUUCGGGACAAGACCAUACCCCGUCGCUACGCUCGCAACGAGGCCGAGGAGCUCCGAUUGCGCUACGAGCUGUGGCGGUGGGCUUGCCACAUAAUCACUCCCUACUCGCGCCAGCUCCAGUCUGUCCUGGAGCCGAGCCGCUACACGGUCAUGGUUGGCGAGGCGGUGGACAAGCGUAGACUGCUGUGCGAGCUUUGCGAACGAUAUGAAGUUGACACAUUGGUGGUUGGCAAGCAUGCCAGGCAUGAGCGCAACCCUAACCAUCGGCAUUGGCGCGCGCUGGGGUCGUACGUGACUAAACACGCCCCUUGCCGGCAAGUGGCAGUGCUCUAG